AACGCGGAAGCACAUGGUUUGUUGACUAUCGGAAGACUCUACGUAGCCUAGUUUUACCAACACCGUCUACGUUUUAUAACAAUUGCCACGUUAACAGUGUCAUGAUAAGAUGAACGGCAGACCAGUCAAUGAAACGCGCGAACAUGCCGCAGAAUGUGUUUCAGCGAAGCGUGUCUGCACCAGGGAAUCUCAGGUGCAGAUGGCCGAGGACAAAGCCUCGUCCACGGGCAGCCAGGAGACGACAGAGGGCGUCAACAUUGAAGUGUCAGUCAUCAUGCCUGUGUAUAACGCCUCUUGCUGGUUGGAGGAGUGUCUGGAGGCCGUCCUGAAUCAGGAAUUCACCGGCACCAUGGAGCUGUCCGUGUUUGAUGACGCCAGCACGGAUAACUCCAGAGCACUCAUUGAGAGUUGGAGGGAGAGGUUUCGGAAGCGGGGGAUCGCCAUGGUGAUAUCUGGUCAUGACUCUAACAAACCAAAAGGAGUUGGCUUUGCCAAGAACCAGGCUGUAGCCCAGAGCACUGGCAAGUACCUCUGCUUUCAAGAUGCGGAUGAUGUCAUGAUGCCAGAGCGAGUGAGGCUCCAGUAUGAGACAUCCAUCCUCAACCGUAACAGUAUUGUGGGCUGCCAGGUGCGUAGAGUUCCAGAAGGUUCUACGGAGCGUUACACCCGCUGGAUCAACUCCCUGAGCCCAGAGCAGCUCCUCACCCAGAUCUUCACUUCACAUGGGCCAACCGUUAUCAUGCCAACCUGGUUCUGCUCUCAUGAUUGGUUCCAGCAGGUUGGCUCCUUUGAUGAAGGAGGGAAGGGUGUCCCUGAGGAUCUGCUCUUCUUCUACCAGAGUGUGCGUCUUGGAGGCCGAGUGCUACGAGUGGAUGAGUGUCUGCUGGUCUACCGCUACCAUGAGCAUGCAGCUACGCACUCAGUACUGGAGGAAACCAUUUGGAAUCUGCGAGUGGGAUUCCUUCAGGAGAGAGUGCUCAGCCAAUGGGAUUCAUUCACCAUAUGGAAUGCUGGGAAACAGGGACGGAAGCUCUACCGGAGUCUGACUCCAGCCAAUCAGAAGAAGGUGAAGUUUUUUUGUGACGUGGAUGAAAACAAAAUCAAGAAAGGCUUCUACACGUAUGAGGACUCCAAAGAGCGACCCAAACCCAAGAUUCCCGUCGUGCACUUUAAAGACUCGUCCGCUCCAUACAUAGUGUGUGUGUGUAAAGCUGGACAUGACGGGAGGCGUUCUGGAGGAGAACCUGCACUCUAUGCAGCUCACAGAGGGAGUGGACUACUAUCACUUCAACUGAGCCAACACACACACACACACACACACACACACACACACACACACACACACACACAGACACACACAGAGGAAGUGGACUACUGUCACUUCAACAGAGCCUGGAGGAGCCUAUAGGCUCAGGACAGAAUCGGAGAGCUCGGCAUCACACAAUGAAGGGGACACAAAAGAAGUGAUGAAGAGACAGUAAGAAAUAAUCCCACAGGGAUAUACAGCUCUAAAAUAGAGAGAGACAGACACUCUUGCUUUGGUUCUUUCACUGCCCUAAUAUUUCUCUAUAGUAUGAAGACUGAAAGAACCAAAGCAAGAGUGAGACAGUACAAGGACUCAAAGAACUAAAGCAAGAGUGAGACAGUACAAGGACUCAAAGAACCAAAGCAAGAGUGAGACAGUACAAGGACUCAAAUAACUAAAGCAAGAGUGAGACAGUACAAGGACUCAAAGAACCAAAGCAAGAGUGAGACAGUACAAGGAUUCAAAGAAAUAAAGCAAGAGUGAGACAGUACAAGGACUCAAAGAACUAAAGCAAGAGUGAGACAGUACAAGGACUCAAAGAACUAAUGUAAGAGUGAGACAGUACAAAGACUGACAGGUGGAAACAGGGAGAAUCAGGAGGGAAUGAGAGUGACCCACAGGCUGAUCACCAGACCGUUGAACUGCAGGGUCGAAACUGGACACGGCCUCCAUUCACUCUGGCCUGCCGGGACAGGGGUAAGGACAGUGCAGGUUCUUAAGGCAUGGCCAGCAUUUAUCUGGACACUGAGUAACCAGAGUAAUAAUCUUGAUCACGCUGCAUGGGGCAACUCGAUGAAAACCAAAUGUCUGUGUUGGAUAUUUCCCUUUUGGCCAUGCUAAUGUAAUGUAUAAAUGAUUCUAGAUAAAUGACUGGAAGUUAAUGAGCAAACAUCUGGUGUUGCCUCAAGAUCUUUUUACCACAGAGAGCCGUUCUUCUUGCCUUCUCGUGUUUUUGCUCAAACUGCCAAGGACAUUUCUUACCAGUCAGUGGUGUUUUGUUUUCUGCUUUCUGAGGACUUUAAGUUGGCGGAACAUAGAAUGUAGAAAAGUAGAAGAGAGAUGUCAGAGUUUGGCGGGAAGAGAGAGAGAGAGAGAGAGGAGGGAGGGAGAGAGA